CGCAACCACGUGACUCUGGCUGGUCUGCCGCGAGAGCAUCACACUGCACCUUUUCCUCCUCAGGAAAAGAGAGAGAGAAGACAGAGAGACACUGAGGUAGACAGAGGGCGUUAGGGGCAGGAGGAAAAGGGAUCGGAGCUACAGAGGGAGCCAGCAUCAGGGUCGUCUCCAGGCGAAGCUGGAAUCAUCUCCAUCCAUCCGUCUGUGAGUCCGUCCGGUGGUGGACCUGCUUUGCGCGCAGCACCUCCCUCCUCCCACUCCAAAUUCCCGUCAAAUGGGAAGGGAAAUCGAUGCGCUGUUGCCACGGACCCAAAGAAUGUGCAUGAGGUCUCUAAAGCGAAUGAUGACGUGGCUGUGAGAUAUACACACAUCUCACACAAGCACCCAUACACAAAAAGAUAAUUGCCCACAAACACUUUCUGGUCUUGCCCUACUAAAGCAGUGAGAAAGAGGGGGGGGGGGGAGAAAAUACUGCUAUGACGGUGUCAUUUCUCUCCAUUGCCCGUGCGUGAGCCCCACACACACAUAUGCUCACACUCUCCGUGGGGAGUUGCUUGCAUGGGGAAUAAAGCCCUAUCUAGGGCACAAAGAUGGAGUUCACAUCGUAUUUGUCCCAAAUUUAACUCGCAGGCAUAAACAAACAUACCCACACCUGGAGUCUCAUGUCUGAAGGGAGGCAUGAAAGACUGAUCGGAGAGGAGGCGUUGAGCGUCCCACAGACCAGACAAGCGCUGGGAAAAGCCAAAAGGAGAUGUGCUAAGAGGACACAGGGUGUUGCUGUCUAACCCACUGGAGUUCCCACCUUGAAAAGGCGACGUGAAGACCAAAGGUAUAGAGGAGACGCCUAGAUAGAGCUCCAGUUUGCACCAUGAGCUGUUGGUUAGAGGAAACCCCCCAGCAUUAGCGACAGUCUUCUCCCGUGUGAGUGUGAGAGUGAGUGUGUGUAUGAGUGUAAUGGCGGUUUGCGUUUGGGCGGCAGCCCCCCUGCUCUUCCUGGGGCUGUGCCUGUGCAGCGUAGGGGGUCAGGCCCAAGGGGAGAUCCUGGAGUUUGGGGGUGUGUCCAACCAGUGGGGGCGGUUUCCUGUGUGGAACGCCUGCUGCGAGAGCGUGCUGAGUUUCAGCCUGCGGACUCACAGCCAGGAGGGCCUGCUGCUCUAUCUGGACGAUGAGGGUUUCUGCGACUUCCUGGAGCUGCUGCUUCUCCACGGCCACCUCCGCCUGCGCUUCUCCAUCUUCUGUGCCGAGCCGGCCGAGCUGCAGUCAGGCGUGGCGGUGAGCGACGGACGGUGGCACGCGGUGCGUGUCAAGCGGGACUGGAGGAACACCUCGUUGGAGGUGGAUGGACGACUGGAAGGAUGGGCGGAGGUGAAGAGUAAGAGAAGAGACAUGACGGUGUUUAGUCACACAUACAUGGGCGGGGUGUCAGCAGACCUACACUCCUCGCCCCUGCGCCUCACCUCACCCACAGUGCGGGAACACCCCGCCUUCCGUGGGUGGAUCACAACAGUGAGCAUCAACGGUUCGCUAGUGACGCUGGACAGCUCCGAGGGCGUCUCAGUAACAGCUGGCUGUGGACCGGACCACCAGUGCCAGAACGGAGGGGUGUGCAGUGUCAUCAAUGACCAGGCUGUCUGCGACUGCUCCGACACCGGCUACCAAGGCAACGACUGCAGCGAAGAGCACAGCUACACACCAGGUCUGGCACACCUGAUGAUUGGCGACCAAGCUCGCGAGGAGUAUGUUGCGACUUUCAAGGGCUCGGAGUACUUCUGCUACGACUUGUCGCCCAACCCCAUCCAGUCCAGCAGCGAUGAGAUCACGCUUUCCUUCAAGACAUUGCAGCGCAACGGCCUGAUGCUGCACACUGGCAAGUCGGCCGACUACGUCAACCUGGCACUCAAGAACGGCGCCGUGUCGCUUGUCAUUAACCUGGGUUCCGGGGCAUUCGAGGCCCUGGUGGAGCCCGUCAAUGGCAAGUUCAACGACAAUGACUGGCAUGACGUCAGAGUCACCCGCAACCUGAGACAGCACUCAGGCAUUGGACACGCUACGGUGACCAUCUCGGUGGACGGCAUCCUGACCACAACGGGCUACACUCAGGAAGACUACACCAUGCUGGGCUCGGACGACUUCUUCUAUGUGGGGGGGAGCCCCAGCACUGCCGACCUGCCCGGAUCUCCUGUCAGCAAUAACUUUAUGGGCUGUCUCAAAGAGGUGGUUUACAAGAACAAUGAUGUGCGGUUAGAGCUCUCUAGACUGGCUAAACAGGGUGACCCAAAGAUGAAGGUGAGUGGCGUGGUGUCCUUUAAGUGCGAAAGUGUAGCAACGCUGGACCCCGUGACCUUUGACACCCCGGAGUCCUAUGUGGCACUAAGCAAGUGGACCGCAAAGAAGGCCGGGUCCAUCUCCUUUGACUUCAGGACAACAGAGCCCAAUGGGCUCAUGCUGUUCAGUCACGGAAAACCUCGGCAACUGCAACGCAAGGACCCCAGAACGCCUCCAACUGUCAAGGUGGACUUUUUUGCCAUUGAGAUGCUGGACGGACACCUGUACCUGCUGCUGGACAUGGGCUCUGGAACCACCAAGACUAAAGCCAUCGACAGAAAAGUCAACGAUGGAGAAUGGUAUCACGUUGACUUUCAGAGAGACGGACGUUCAGGAACCAUCUCCGUGAAUAGUGUGAGAACAGCUUACACGGCCCCGGGAGACAGUGAGAUCCUGGACCUGGAUGACGCCCUGUACUUAGGAGGACUACCGGAAGACCGCGCUGGACUCAUCUUCCCCACUGAGGUUUGGACGGCUCUGCUGAACUAUGGCUACGUAGGCUGCAUCCGAGACCUGUUUGUGGACGGGCAGAGCAAAGACAUCCGGCGGCUGGCCGAGUCUCAGAGAGCGGUGGGCGUGAAGCCUUCGUGCUCCAAAGACCAGUCCAAACAGUGCCUGUCCAACCCCUGCCAGCACAACGGCAUCUGCAGAGAGGGCUGGAACCGCUACGUCUGCGACUGCUCCGGGACGGGCUACCUGGGCCGGUCCUGCGAGAGAGACGCGACCAUCCUCUCCUACGACAGCAGCAAGUUUAUGAAGGUGCAGCUGCCUGUGGCGAUGCACACUGAGGCGGAGGACGUCUCGCUACGCUUUCGCUCCCAGCGGGCCUAUGGCGUUCUCAUGGCAACCACAUCCCGUAACUCGGCAGAUACCCUUCGUCUGGAGCUGGAUGGUGCCCGCGUUCGACUCACUGUCAACUUAGACUGUAUCAGGAUAAACUGUACAGCCAGUAAAGGCCCUGAGACCAUCUUUGCUGGGUCAGGCCUCAAUGAUAAUGAGUGGCACACAGUGAGGGUUGUCCGGCGUGGCAAGAACCUCAAACUCACCGUGGAUGAUCUUCAGCCUGUAGAAGGUCAGAUGGCUGGCGACCACACCCAGCUGGAGUUCCACAACGUGGAGACGGGAAUCGUGACGGAGAAGCGCUUCAUGCCCGCCGUGCCCUCCAACUUCAUCGGCCACCUUCAGGGCCUGACGCUCAACGGCAUGCCGUACAUCGACCUGUGCAAGAACGGCGACAUCGACUACUGCGAGCUCAACGCCGUCAUCGGUUACAAGAGCAUCGUGUCCGACCCCAUCACGUUCCGCUCCCGCUCCAGCUUUGUCACGCUGUCCACGCUCCAGGCCUACUACUCCAUGCACCUCUUCAUUCAGUUCAAGACGACGUCUCCGGACGGACUCAUUCUUUUCAACAGGGGGGAUGGAAAUGACUUCAUCGUUGUAGAGCUGGUCAAAGGCUACCUGCAUUACGUUUCUGACUUGGGUAACGGCGCCCAUCUGAUCAAAGGGAGCUCCAACAGCCCUCUGAACGAUAACCACUGGCACAACGUUCACAUCUCCCGGGACACCAACAAUCUCCACACGGUCAAGAUUGACACCAAAGUCACCACACAGACCACGACGGGCGCCAAGAACCUUGACCUGAAGGGCGAUCUGUACAUUGGAGGUGUUUCCAAAGAGAUGUACCGAGACCUGCCUAAGCUGGUCCACUCCCGUGAGGGAUUUCAGGGUUGCCUAGCAACGGUUGAUCUGAACGGCCGGCUCCCGGACCUUUUGGCCGAUGCCCUGGCAACUGUGGGGCAAGUGGAAAGAGGAUGUGAAGGACCCAGCACCACAUGUCAGGAAGACUCCUGCGCAAAUCGGGGAGUUUGUUUGCAGCAGUGGGAGGGCUUCACCUGUGACUGCAGCAUGACCUCAUAUGCUGGACCUCUAUGCAACUACGGUGGUACCACCUACAUCUUUGGCCGCGGUGGAGGACUGGUGAUUUACACGUGGCCCCCUAACGAACGUCCCAGCACCAGAGCAGACCGGCUGGCUCUUGGCUUCAGCACCCAACAGAAACACGCCGUUCUGCUCCGAGUAGAUAGCUCAUCCGGUCUGGGAGACUACCUACAGCUGCAGAUAGAUAAUGGCAACAUUAGAGUGGUGUUUAAUGUUGGAACUGAUGAUAUCAACAUAGAAGAGAGCUCCAGGUUUGUCAACGACGGGAGAUACCACAUAGUUCGUUUCACCCGCAGUGGUGGCAAUGCAACCCUCCAGCUGGAUGACCUGCAGGUCAUAGAGCGUUUCCCCUCAGGCAACAAUGAUAACGAGCGCCUGGCCAUCGCCAGACAGCGAAUCCCCUAUCGGCUUGGUCGAGUAGUUGACGAAUGGCUACUCGACAAAGGUCGGCAGCUGACCAUCUUCAACAGCCAGACGACGGUGCGAGUUGGCGGAGACGAGCGGGGUAUAUCCAUGUUCCAGGGACAGAUGUCUGGCCUUUAUUACAACGGCCUCCGCAUCCUCAAGAUGGCGGCUGAGGGACACCCGCACAUCAAAGUGGAGGGCAGUCUGCGACUGGUCGGCGACAUUCCUUCCUCCUCCAUUACGCCGCAGUCGAGCGCUGCGGCUGGAGGCAACCGGUCCGACUCUGCGCCCUCGAUAAGUGACAUCACAACCACGACAGCCACCAACAAGAAGCAGGGGGCAACACCGCAGUCUGCGGACGACCUGCUGGUGGCGUCAGCCGAGUGUCCAAGCGACGAUGAAGACAUUGACCCCUGUGAUUCCAGUUCAGCACGCUCCCCCCUACCGGAGGUUCCUAUUUUUGGCGAUCCAUCUCCGGGGGUGCGGGAGAGCAGCAGCACUACGGGAAUGGUGGUGGGCAUUGUUGCGGCAGCCGCCCUCUGCAUCCUCAUCCUCCUUUACGCCAUGUACAAGUAUCGCAACCGCGACGAAGGCUCCUACCGCGUGGACGAGAGCCGCAACUACAUCAGCAACUCAGCCACACAGCCCAACGGCAGCGCUAAGGACAAGCCCCUGGGCAUCACCAAGAUCUCUAAGAACAAGAAGAACAAAGACAAGGAAUACUAUGUCUGAGCUGGAAGACUUUCAAGACAAAUACACUUUUAUAUAUAACAAUAUAUGUACAUAAAUAGAUAUAUUCUCAAAAAAAUCAAAAGCAAAAGUACACACACACAGACAUGCUACUAUCAAUGUUUACUCUUGAAUUAUCAUACCUGCACACAUUCUGGCAAACACAGACAUACACAAUCAAGCCCAUAGAUCUUCAUUUAAGCACAAACAUGCACAUAAACUGGUCUGGGGGCACAACCCCUCACUGUACAGUAUUUACCAAUGAGCAGAGCCUCACGAGAGAGCCUCGUUUUACAAGCAACACCAUUCCAAAUGAUUUGGAAAGCACCAGUUCACUUCCCACCAACUUGGGGCCAGCCAGAUCAAAAUAUAAAAAAACAAAAAAAAAAAACUCCAGACACUUCUCUGUUGAAGCAGGAUCUCUGCUCAGAUGGAGAAAAUGCCGUGUAGGACUUUAAGGAAAGCACAUGGCAGACUGUGUUUGGAGUGAAGCAGUGUACCAGAAGAAAGAUGAUGUAAAAGCACUAAGACAAGCACUUAAGUGUCUCUUCCAAGCUUCUUGGCCUUUAUCCUUGUUAGCAGACGGGACUCAACGAAGCACAGCGGAUGCGGAGGAAACAAGCACAGUUCGUCCUACACCCCCCCAAGCUUCAGGAGGAACCACAGAAACAGCGAGUUCAGAGGAAGAGGCCGGGCUGUUGCCCGUUCACACAGUGGAUUGAUCGCUAUGCUGCAGAGCCGAUGUUUUUACGGCAAAAAUGUAAAUCACAAGGUGGAACCUGAGAGAUAUUCUCCCAGACGAGAUACUUGAGACUUCAGAUGCUACCUACAGACACCAGUCUCGCACGACUGCAGUGUCACACUUAUGGCACACGUGCUUACAAAUACAGAACAGUCGCCACACACGCGGAUGAAAAUGUACCUGUAAUGACUCUCACUAACUUCAUAACUGACUCUGAAGACUGUACAAGAAGGUGUUCAAUAUGAUACUCGAUACGAGGAAGAUGCUGAUGAAUAUGAAGAACAUUUGGGCAGUAUAGACUCUAGGGACGGGGGGAGGGAGGGGGGUCUUAUUGCACGUGAAUUAUCUUACUCCGUGUGAUUUAUACCGCAUUGAAAACUCCUGAGGUCACACCAUAACACGCCAUCAUAAAAACGACCACGUCGGCUUUGAAGUACUCCCAUUACAAAUGGUUUUUAAGGAAUAUUUAAAUGGAUGAGAGAUUUUUUUUUCUUUUUUUUUGGCAAACGUGUGACCAUCUGGAGCGUGCUGCAUGCCUGCGUGUCCCGAGCUGUGCCGUGGAAUUGGUGGCGUGUUCCACUAAGACCAGAUGUGUUUGUCUGUGGCGGUGGGAUGGGGGGGAGGGGAGGCGGACGGUGUUGCAUGUUGAAAUGUGACACCUGGAUGGGUUCCACUACCCCCACUGGACUGCCUGUUUUCUACCCCACCCCCCCAGUGUACCUGCUCUAACAAACCCCCUUUUUAUAGCAAAAGAAAUAAAAAAAAUAAUAAUAAAACAGGUGAGGAAAUGAAUCAAAAGUAAAUGUGUUACUGAUAGUUCUCGAUGCCAUAUUACGAUUUGAGUUGCUUUAAUUGCAACAGCUCUUCCCUUUUUCUCUUAGCAGCGACGCUGUUCACGACGGGUGACUGAUUGCUCGAUAUUUCUGUCAUGACAGGGUUGUGGUGUGUCUUUGCGAACUCCCGCGAGCGUGCGAGUCCUCUAAACCUCACGGUACAACUUGUUGCCCCAUAAAUGACCAACACAAAGAGUGCCAUGACAAGCCCCUUCAGUUCUUCCAGGCGGAUCCGUGCAGUAUGAACCGGUGUUAAGGACAGGCAUGAACAGGACUGUGAGACUUCAGUAAAUUAACUUUCCAUAUUCUGUCCUUUCUAACUGGUCUUGUCGGUGUCUUUUUUUUUUUUCCCACUCCAAAUCUGCUUCUCCCUCCUACAUGUCUUCGGCUUUCUUUUCCCUCUAUCUGUUGUGUUGCCAUCCUAAACAAACAAAAAAAAAAAAACAAAGAAGAAGAGCCGUGUCAACCAAUGGGGUUCCAUUAACCAUGUUUAUUUUCUAUAUGUACACUUUUUCUACAGUAUUUACUUUUAUUUUUAUUGUUACUGUUCUUUGAUGAACAUAAAGUGAGAAUUUAUUAUGAAAAAUAGUUUUGAAGAUUAAUGAGUAAAUAAAAUAUUACCCAAGUGAGCCUG